GCCUGGCUUGCUGCAGUUCAUGGGGUCGCAAAGAAUCGGACACGACUGAGCGACUGAAGUGAACUGAACUGAAAAUGGGGGUAAUUGUCAUGGCAACGUCCAGGGUUUAGCUAGCACUCAUUACUGAGAAUCAUUGUUAUUGGUGAAACGGCAUUCGAUAUCUUCAGAGUAGUGUGUUUUUUUGUUUUUUUUGCUUGCGGGGCUUUUAAAGGGGCACUCAGGAUUUUAGUUUCCCGAUUAGGGAUCCAACGGCGCCGGCCCCAACGGAAGCAUGGAGUCUUAACCCCUGGACUCCAAGGAAGUUCCUCUAGAACUCAGGGUAGUUUUGAAUGUUCUUUUAGAUUGUGUUAGGAGUGGGAAGGUUAUGUUUGCUGACACUAGUAGCCAGGGGUUUUCAGUGUCGGAAGCCGAAAAACCGAAGGCAGAGGGACAGCUUGCCAGGGUCCUCUGUCCAUGCGAUUUUCCAGACAAUACUGGAGUGGGUUGCCAUUCCCUUCUCCAGGGAUCGAACCUAUGUCUCCUGCGUUGGCAGGCGGAUUCUUUACCACUGAGCCACCAAAGAAGCCCGAAGGCACAGCUGCUACUUGAAAUUCGCUUGGCUGAAGGUCCCAUCCCUCAAUUAGUGGCCCCUCCCCGCCUUCGCCCCACCCAAUCCUCUUUGCAUCUUCCCUCCCUCCGUCUGCCCCACCCUCUCGCCGCUUCGCCAAGGCUGGCCUGUGGUCGCGCCCCCUCGUUCCGCCCCGCCUUCACUUCGCUUCGUGCCCGGUCCACUGGCACCUCCCCUUCCGCCCUGCGCUGCGCCUGCGCUGGCUGUGUUCUGUUGUGGAUCUCUGGGUAAAGUUGUUGGCUCUCCAGUUCGUGCAGAAUUUUUCCACUUCUAUCAUGUGGAGCGGACGGCGGGGCCUCCUCAGGCCGUCAGGCUGCGGAGUGGAGGAGCUACGGUGCCGCCGGCGGGAGCGGGAGGCAGCACUGCGGAAGGCGCGGAGGGAGCAGCAGCUGGUCAGCAAGAGGCUGCUGAGAGACGGAGCUACGGAGGAAGCCGAAGGGGGAUGUGUGGUCGUGAUCCUCGGAGAAGCAGAGAUACAGGAGUUCCUGCGGUUGGCCCAGCGGGGCACAGAGGAAAAGGAGAGGGAGAGGGCUCUGGUUAGCCUUCGUCGAGGGUUGCAGCACCCUGAGACACAACAGACCUUCAUCAGGCUGGAGGGCAGCAUUCGGACCCUGGUUGGGCUCCUGACCAGCAACCAGGCCCUGCUGCAGCUUGAGGCGGCUCGGUGCCUUCAUGAGCUCUCUCACUCUGAGCAGUCUGCGGUGGCUGAGGCCUGCCUGCCAGCCACUUCCUACCUUCUCACCUACCUCUCCGGUCACAGCUCAGACUUUAUAGAGCUCUGUCUGUAUACCCUGGGUAACCUGAUUGUGGAGAGUGAGGCUGUAAGAAGGCAGCUUCUGCCUCAGGGCAUUGUUCCAGCCUUGGCUGCCUGCAUCCAGUCUCCCCAUGUGACUGUGCUGGAAGCCCUUGGAUAUGCCUUGUCCCAGCUUCUGCAGGCUAAGGAAGCUCCAGAGAAGAUCAUCCCCUUGGUCCUGGGCUCUACUCUCCCCCAGCACAUACUGCAACUGUUACAGCCUGGCCCAAAGCUGAACCUUGGGGUAGCUGUGGAGUUUGCCUGGUGCCUUCACUACAUCAUCUGCAGCCAGGUCAACAAUGCCCUGCUCAUCACCCAGGGGGCUCUAACCACCCUGGGGCUGCUGCUGUUGGACUUGGCUGCGGCUGUCCAGAGAACUGAGGAUGCAGGACUGGAGCUGCUGGUAUGCCCUGUUGUUCGGUGUCUAAGCAACUUGCUGACAGAGGCAGCAGCAGAGACUGUGGGAGGGCCAAUGCAUCUCCGAGAUGAGCGUGUUCUGGCAGCCUUAUUUAUCCUUCUGCAGUUCUUUCUCCACAAACAGCCUAGCCUGCUUCCUGAGGGCCUCUGGCUCCUUAACAACCUCACUGCAAACAGUCCUAGUUUCUGUACCUCCUUGAUCUCCCUGGAUCUGAUUGAGCCCCUCUUGCACUUGCUGUCAGUGUCUAAUGUGGUGAGCGUAUUGGUGCUCACAGUUCUGUGCAACGUUGCAGAGAAAGGUCCCGCUUACUGUCAGCAUCUAUGGCCAGGGCUCCUGCUCCCCACCUUGCUGGACACGCUGGCCCUCUCUGACACUGAAGUAGUAGGCCAGAGUUUGGAGCUGCUGCAGCUGCUGUUCCUCUAUCAGCCAGGGGCUGCCCAGGCCUUCUUGCAGCAGUCAGGGCUGCAGGCCUUACAAAGGCAUGAGGAGGUGGCACAGCUCCAGGAUCGCGUGCAUGCUCUGCAGCAGACAGCUCUUCAUGGGUGACUUGACUUCUGAAAGUCAUGUACUCCACUCCUUAUCUCCCAUACUCCCCAGUGUCCUGGCCCAUAGAGCCCCUUUGGGGGUUUAGAACCAUAAGGGUAUCAUGCCCUCAGCUCCUACACCUAAGCCUAAGCAAGGACCUCUGGAUCCCAGCUCCUCCCCUUUCACCCAGCACUGUCCAGGCAAGAGGACCAGAUGGAACUCAGUGUGGUGUACUUAAUAUAGGUCCCUGGAACCUCCUUUUUUCUUCUUUCCCUUUUUUUGAUUCAGUGACUCAUGGCUUUUGAUGGAACAGAAUAAAAUAAGUUUUAUUUUUAUAUUCAA